CCCCCGCCACCUGCUCCUCCUCCUUCUCGGUCCCGCCCAGUGCGCCGGCAGCCCCCGAUCCCCGGAGCUGGAAGAGAGAGGGCCGAAGGAGCAGUACAAAGGGCGGAGCGGCGGGAGGAGGGGACGCCGGGCUCGGCGCCGGGAGGGCAGGCGCGGUGCGGGCAUGGACGCCGAGUACCCUGCCUUCGAGCCCCCGCUCUGCAGCGAGCUCAAGCACCUGUGCAAGCGACUCCAGGAGGCGUACCGGGAGCUGAAGGAGGACCUCACGCCUUUCAAAGAUGACCGCUACUACAGGCUGGCGCCCAUGCGGCUCUACACACUGUCCAAGCGCCACUUUGUCCUCGUGUUUGUCGUCUUCUUCGUCUGUUUUGGCCUGACCGUCUUCGUUGGGAUCAGAGGACCCAAAGUAAUCCAGACUUCUGCAGCCAAUUUUUCACUAAAUAAUAGUAAAAAGCUGAAGCCAAUUCAAAUCCUUUCAAAUCCGCUGUCUACCUAUAAUCAGCAGCUGUGGCUGACGUGUGUUGUGGAGCUGGAUCAGUCGAAAGAAACAUCUAUUCAGACAAGCUUCCUCAUGACUGUUAAAGUCGACGGUGUAGCUCAAGAUGGAACCACCAUGUUCAUUCAUAACAAAGUUCACAAUCGGACGAGGACCCUCACCUGUGCAGGGAAGUGUGCAGAAAUUAUUGUGGCUCACCUCGGCUACUUGAACUACACGCAGUAUACCGUGAUUGUGGGAUUUGAACACCUGAAGCUACCCAUCAAGGAAAUGAACUUUACGUGGAAGACUUAUGACCCUGCAUUUUCCCAGCUGGAAAUUUGGCUCCGAUUCGUCUUCGUGGUGCUCACCUUCAUUGUCACUUGCCUGUUUGCACAUUCCCUCCGGAAGUUUUCCAUGCGAGAUUGGGGGAUGGAGCAGAAGUGGAUGUCCAUUCUUUUGCCUCUGCUGCUGCUUUACAAUGAUCCUUUCUUCCCGCUCUCCUUUCUGGUGAACAGCUGGUUUCCAGGCAUGCUGGACGACCUCUUCCAGUCCGUGUUCCUCUGUGCCUUGCUGCUCUUCUGGCUGUGUGUGUAUCACGGGGUCCGCGUCCAGGGAGAAAGGAAGUGUUUGACUUUCUAUUUGCCUAAAUUCUUCAUUGUUGGACUAUUGUGGUUGGCUUCUGUCACACUGGGAAUAUGGCAGACAGUUAAUGAAUUACAUGAUCCAAUGUACCAGUAUCGAGUUGACACAGGAAAUUUUCAGGGAAUGAAGAUUUUCUUCAUGGUCGUGGCGGCUGUGUAUGUUUUAUACCUUCUGUUCUUGAUAGUGCGGGCCUGUUCUGAGCUACGUCACAUGCCUUAUGUAGAUCUCAGGUUAAAAUUUUUGACUGCAUUGACUUUUGUAGUGCUCGUCAUUAGCAUCGUCAUCCUGUACUUAAGGUUCGGAGCGCAGGUACUGCAAGACAAUUUCGUAGCCGAACUGUCCACGCACUACCAGAACUCAGCUGAAUUCUUAUCUUUCUAUGGCCUGUUGAACUUUUACCUCUACACCCUGGCCUUUGUGUAUUCUCCGUCGAAGAACGCCCUGUACGAGUCCCAGCUGAAAGACAACCCUGCCUUCUCCAUGCUGAAUGACUCGGACGAUGACGUGAUCUACGGGAGUGACUAUGAAGAAAUGCCCCUGCAGAACGGCCAGGCCAUCCGGGCGCAGUACAAGGAGGGCUCCGAGAGCGACUGAGCCCCGGGCCGCUGCAGGCCCGCCGCUUUCCCGAGGCGCUGCUUCCUGGCCUUCCCCACUCCUGCUGGUGUUUGGGCUUGUCUCGUAAGCAGAGAUUUCCUGGUCCUCAUCUGUUUAUGUAUUUUUGAAAGGAAAACCAAAACCAAGGAGAAAUUUAAACAUUGGGCCAAAUUUACUUAGAUUGGCUGCAUUUGGGAAGAGAGGCGCUGUAAGUGUAAACAGCCAAAUCCUUUGA